AUGAUUGGAUGUGUUCUUUUUACAAUGUCAACUCUAUAUACCAUACAUAGAGUUCAAAAUAGUGAAAAAUGGUCAUGUAAAAAAUGCUUACAUUUCAGUCGACUUAUCGUUGGAUGUGGUAUUGCCAUAACAUUUGUUUUUGGUAUAUGUUCUGUUCUUUUAGCAAGUAUUUUAAGUGGAAAAACUCGUAAAAAAUAUUUUUGGGGUUAUCGAAAAAAUUUAUGCGCAAGAAUUUUAAAUGGUCUCGUUUUAUUUAUAACAUUUCUUUUAACACUAUCAUGGUUUAGUGUUGCUUGUUUAACAUUUAUUCCAUUAUAUGGUCUUUUGUAUAUCUAUUUUGUUGUAUGUAGUAAUCGUUAUGGUACUGCUGGAGGUAGUUUUGUAAACAUUUUAAAUGAAAUUAAUCAACAUGCACAUCGAUUGGAUGAAAAACCAACUCAAUUUAAACUUGCAGAUAUUUGUCAUCCAUCUUAUCGUGAUUAUUUCAGUUUAAGUAUUGUUACAACAGCAUCAUGCGUAUUAAUUAUAAUUAGUUUGAUCUUUUUAAUGAUCGCUCAAGGCGCAAAUCAUGCACAUAUAUAUAAUGAUAGAAGUCGAUAUGAAAUAGCACAAAAUGGAGAUCAAGAGAUUGAAGAAACAAAAAUGUGA